AUCGAGGAACACCAGAAGGGAUACAUAUUUCCCAACGUUGACGACGACGCCGACGAUGAACGGCCGGCGCAGAGCAGAAAGAGGAAGAUGAACUCGUACAACGACCGCGAGGUAAGCUGCGCGCGCAUGCACAUCUGCAGCGUCGGCCAUCCCGCACGCCGCCACCAUGCCCUCCUCCUCCCACCAUAGCCCAACAGCCCAUCAGAGAGUCAAGAGACAAGAACAGUCCCGAACGCUCGCGCGCGAGAUCCGGGGAGAGACUGACCAGCCGCUUGUUGUAACCUUUGUUUCGCGUCAGCAGGACGACAACUAUACCAAUAAGGAUCGCUCUUCCAAAAGCUCGAAACGGCAGGGAAACAGAGGGCCACCGCAGCCUAAGCAGAACACGGCCGUCUACGUAACGGGUCUACCCCUAGAUGCCACCGUCGAAGAAGUCGCCGAGCUCUUCUCACGCAAGUGCGGCGUCAUCGCCGAGGAGAUCGACAGCGGCCGGCCGCGCAUCAAGAUGUACACGGACGCCGACGGGAACUUCAAAGGCGACGCCCUGAUUGUCUUCUUCAAGCCGCAGUCCGUCGACAUGGCCAUCAUGCUCCUGGACGACACCGACUUUCGAUUCCCGGCCUCGGGCUCGUCAAGCACGGGCGGCAAGAUGCGCGUGCAGGCCGCCGACUCGAGUUACAAAAAGACCAAAUACGACGGCGACAACAACACCCCCACCUCCAACAAGCCAGGAGAGGGAAGCAGCAGCGGCAGCAACACCCGGCCCUCCCAGGACAAAGCCAAGAUCAUCAAGAAGACGCAAAAACUCUCGGCCAAACUAGCCGACUGGAGCGACGACGAGCCCUCCGCCAUCCCAGACCCCUUCAACAGCACCGCCGCCUCCGCCUCCGCCGCAAAGGGUGGCAAAUGGGACCGCGUGGUCAUCCUCCGCCACAUGUUCACUCUCGAGGAACUGCAGGAAGACCCCACCGCGCUCCUCGACAUCAAGGAGGACAUACGCGAGGAGUGCGCCAAGCUGGGGCCCGUGACCAACGUGGUGCUGUACGACGAGGAAGAAGAGGGGAUCGUAAGCGUCAAGUUCCAGACGCGCGAGGCGGCCGAGGCAUGCCUGCGCGUCAUGCACGGGCGGGCGUUUGCCGGCCGCAUGGUCGAGGCGUACUUUGCCACGGGAAGGGAGAAGUUUCGGCGGUCCAAGGGGGAGGGACGUAAUGGUGGUCAGGAUCAUGAUGAGAAUGAGGAUUAGGCUAGCUUCUCCAGGGAGUUUCCUUCUUUCUCGGUCACCGGUUCCACUGCAGGUGUUCGGGCGUUGUUUGUUUGAAGAUCCUAGCACUCGAUCUAGCAGCACACCAAGCCCUUAUGCAAAUUUACGAUUAGUAUCACUGCUACAUG